AUGCAUGUUCUUUCUUUCUUUAUCUUUCUUCCUUUCUUUCUUUUGUCCUUUCUUUCUUUUUAUUUUCUUUUACUGUUCUUUUCCUUUCUUUUUAUGUUUCAUUCAUUAAUUUUUCCCUUUCUUUUUCAUUCUUUCUUUUUCAUAUUUUUAUUUUCAUUCUUUCCUUUUUCUCUCCUUUUCAUUCAUUCAUUCUUUCUUUCUUUCUUUUUUUCUUUUCUUAUUAUUCUUUCUUUCUCAUUUCUUUUCUUUUCAUCAUUCAUUAAUUUUUCCCUUUCUUUUUCAUUCUUUCUUUUUCAUAUUCUUUCUUUUUCUUUUCAUUCUUUCCUUUUUCUCUCCUUUUCAUUCAUUCAUUCUUUCUUUCUUUCUUUUUUCUUUUCUUAUUAUUCUUUCUUUCUCAUUUCUUUUCUUUUCAGUCAUUCAUUAAUUUUUCCAUUUCUUUUUCAUUCUUUUUCAUAUUUUUCUUUUAAUUCUUUCCUUUUUCUCUCCUUUUCAUUCUUUCUUUCUUUCUUUCUUUCUUUUUCUGUUCAGUUCUUUCUUUCUUCCACUCCCUCUUCUUUCUUUCUUUCUUUUUUCUUUCUUUCUUUUGCUUUCUUUCUCUCUUCUGUCCCUUCUUUCUUUCUUUCUUUCUUUCUUGUUAAGCAUUUUACAACUUUCCUCUUAAAAACCCUUUCUCCUUUGAUUUUGUUUGUAUUGCUUCGCCUGUCCCUCUUUCACCAGUUAACUGUUACUACGCAACCACAGAAUUAA